CCUGCGCAUUCCCGCGGGCGGCGGGGAAAGUGGCGGCCGCAGCAAGAUGGCGGUGGCGGGCAAGGGGGUGGUGUCGGCCGCUGUGAAGCCAAUCUUCAGCCGGGACCUUGGCGAGGCGAAGCGGCGCGUCAGGGAGCUGUACCGGGCCUGGUACCGCGAGGUGCCCAACACGGUGCACCUGUACCAGCUGGACAUCACGGUGAAACAGGGGCGUAACAAGGUGCGGGAGAUGUUCAUGAAGAAUGCCCACGUUACGGAUCCACGCGUGAUAGACAUGCUGGUUAUUAAGGGGAAAAUGGAGCUUCAAGAAACCAUUCAUGUCUGGAAGCAGAGGACUCACAUCAUGAGGUACUUCCACGAGACGGAAACCCCGCAGCCUAAAGACUUUCUGUCCAAAUUCUAUGCGGGCCACAAUCCCUGAGAAACUGACUCUGUGUCUUCCUGCCUUAUAUUACAAAUAAAGUUCUAUACAAUAGAAAAAAAAAAUA